GGCAGCAGGAGCAGGGGUGUGUGGUUUGUGUAACUGAGGUGACAGCUUCACAGAUCGGUCCACGCACUCUUUGUGUUCAGUCAUCACUUUGCUGAGUCUGAGGAGGAGGAGGUCUCUGUUUGCUCCAACAUGAGUGAAGAUAGCAGCGCUCUGCUCAGCAGGCUGCAGCAGUUGCAGUGUCACUUCACCUGGGAUCUGAAGCUGGACGUAUCCCCGAAAAAACUGAUCACCCGAACAGAGAUUGACAUAGAGUUUCAUCAGAGUCCGUAUAAAGGAGCAGGUUGCUUCUACAGCCUCUUGGCUUAUUUCAGGUAUCUUCAGGAUCAACGAGAGGAAGCGCUGAAACUUUUAAACCAAUCAGAGGAGACCAUCAGGGAGAGUUACGGUGAUGAGAGUGAGAGGCGGCUGAUUGUGACGUAUGGAGACAUGGCCUGGCUGAAAUAUCACGAUGGAGACUUUGCACAGUCACAAAGCUACUGUCAGAGAGUCGAGGACAUACUGGUGAAGUAUCCCACUGGUUCAUCAGGAAGUUUCCUCCCAGAGGUGUAUGGGGAACAAGGCUGGGCCUAUUUCAAGGUGUCGAGGUCUUCUAUAUCAAAAGCCAUCGACUGUUUUCGUAAAGCACUUGAGGUACAGCCUCAUGAUGUUGAGUGGAACACCUGCUACGCCGUUGUCCUCUUUUGUGGAGAACAGUGGGUUUUAGAAAACUUACAGGAAGAUGAGGAAUCCCAGGCCAUCAAACAGCUUCGCUUUGCAUUGGAGAUCAACCCAAAUAACGCUGCUCUGCAGUGCUCGCUGGGUGCGAAGCUGGCGGCCUAUAAGAAAUACGAAGAGGCUGAGAGUCUGGUGAAGAAAGCACUAGAGAAUGAUCCUGAUAACCCUCAUAUCAUCCGCCACUCAGGAAAAUACUUACGUCAUCAGAAUCGACUGGAUGAGGCUAUUGUUGUGUUUGAGCGAGGACUGAAAAGGGGCGAUCAAUUAUCUUCCUUCAACUACCAGCUGGCUCUGUGCUACAAGCAGAAAAUAAUUGCUGAGCGUCGCAGGCGCUUCAGCAACAGAGAGGUGCGUAAGUGGAGGCGUAUUUGUAUCAGUCACCUUGAAGAAUCUGUGAAGAGGAAGAGACCUUUUGUCCUGGCGUGGGCUGAACUGGCACUGCUGUGUGCAGAGGCAGGGGAUAUGAGCAGGGCUGAGGAGGCUUUCCAGAAGUGCUUGGAGACGUUACCAGAGGUGGAGGAGGAAAAGGAUUGUCAGACUAUCCAUCAGCGCUGCGGUGACUUUCUUCAUUAUCACAAAAAAAAUGAGGCUCAAGCCAUCGCUCACUAUACCAAGGGGCUGCUGAUACCACAGAAAAAAUAUAAUUGGAGACAGUGUGCUAAGAAACUGAAGCAGAUCGCUGACAGGCGUCUGGCAAAGAAUCGGGGUGAUGGUGAAGCUCUCGCUCUGCUGGGUCAGGUGGCCAGAGCUGAGGGCGACAGGAGGAGAGCUGCUUUUUUUUAUGAGAAAGCUCUGAACUGUGACAAGGACAACGAAGAUUACCUGUCUGCUCUGUGCGAGCUGCGCCUGGAGCUGCAGGGAUCAUCCUCUGAUUAAUCAGGAUCACUGCAAAGACUGACUAUAACUAACUUACAAUCUUACAAGGAGCCAAAAAGUAUUUUAAUUUUGUUUUGAGAGUGACACACUCAGAGAGAGCAGGAUGGAAUUCGUCUUUUACAACAUGUAUUUUAUCUCUUAGCUUCUAAAUCAUAAAAUGUGUUAUUUGCAUAUGUAAUUUUUUGUUGCGUUCAUAUAUCUUGGAGAAAAAUGUUAAAUGUUGCUCAAUUUUUAACAGAAGAGUAUUCAAAAAUGAUAAAUAGGAAAGUUAGGAGAACUCAAAUGAAAGUUUAAGUGUAGAAAGGAAAAUCAUGUCGAAAUACUUUUUUGCAGAAUAUAACUAAUGUUGAGCACAUCUCCUUUCUUCUUAGCUUUCUACUCAUCUACAUGCACCACUGCUCUCAUCUCAGUCUACAAGGACUGGAUUGAUUCUAAUGUAGAGGACAGAGUGUGUACAAUAACACACAGUCAUAAAGAUAGAACAACCUUUUUUCUCUCUCUCUCAUUCUUUUUCCUUAGACACCAAACUAAAAACUGAAAACUACAGAAAACACACAACAGCAGCAGGGGCAGUCAGUGUUAACUCAGACUGAUCCAGUGUGCUAAGCUCAUUCAUGAUGAUUCACAUGUUUGAUUUGUCAAAUAUUUUAUGUCUGAUUCAUGACACAACCCAUUUAUCCCCAUUUAUCUGAGCUUGGCACUGCCACUAGGAGUACACUGGACGUGUCCUCCCCAUGUCUGUGUUCACCAUGCAGAAUCUAAUAAGCCACAAGUUAUCAGACAGAGCUGGUGCAACAAGUUUAAAUGACCUAGUGGUUCACUGUGCAGUUUCCCACCACCAAGAGGCUAAGCUAAGGAGGGCCCUGUCUCACAUCAAUGUUUCUGGUUUUUCUUCCCCCACGUUUCCCUGCUGUGUCUCACCCCCUCGUUUUCCCUUAGUGGAUUUUAGUCCUGUGUUUUUUUUCUGUACCCUCAUGGUUGUGUGUUUCCCUGAGUGCCUUUCUGUGUGUCUAGUUUAUAUUAUUUCCCAGAGUAGUUUGUAUUGUUUUACCAGCCAGCAAAUAAAGCUGUGUUGUCUUCGCCUCCAUGAGUCUGCAUUUGAGUCCUCUCCUGCCUGCACACAGCCAGGAACCUACCCAGUUUCCAGACAGUCAGUCACACAUUCCCCACUCUGACCAGCUCUGCUCGAGCCUUCAUGUUAAAAUCUGUGUAAACAAUAACCUGGCACCAGAAGUGGCUCUAUAUUAAUUUCUAUGAGGUGAAAUGAUUUGCUUUUUUCCGUUUGAUCCCACUCACUCAAACAUGCAGUAUUUGAU